GGGGGGGGGGGGCGGCGCUGGUGCCCGCGGGCCGGCAGCAGCACUGCACGCAGGUGCGGACCCGGCGGCUGAUGAAGGAGCUGCAGGACAUCGCGCGGCUCAGCGACCGCUUCAUCUCGGUGGAGCUGGUGGACGAGAGCCUCUUCGACUGGAACGUGAAGCUGCACCAGGUGGACAAGGACUCGGUGCUGUGGCAGGACAUGAAGGAGACCAACACGGAGUACAUCCUGCUCAACCUCACCUUCCCCGACAACUUCCCCUUCUCGCCGCCCUUCAUGAGGGUGCUUAGCCCCCGCCUGGAGAACGGCUACGUCCUGGACGGCGGGGCCAUCUGCAUGGAGCUGCUCACCCCGCGCGGCUGGUCCAGCGCCUACACCGUGGAGGCCGUCAUGAGGCAGUUCGCCGCCAGCCUGGUCAAGGGGCAGGGCCGUAUCUGCAGAAAAGCUGGCAAAUCAAAAAAGUCGUUCAGUCGAAAGGAAGCUGAAGCAACAUUUAAGAGUUUGGUGAAGACCCAUGAAAAGUAUGGGUGGGUCACCCCUCCGGUCUCUGAUGGCUGAUGUUAGCAACCUGCACUUGACAAAAAUGCUGAACAAAAGUACUGUGACAUCUCCUCAGUGCUGUACACCGCCCAUCCUUUUCUACUUCAGCUUCAGUUACAUACCAUGAAUGUCAAGGAGACAUCUAAGUUAUUUAUGAACAGAUGUGUUUACAGAGAGAGAGAAAAAAAAAAAAAAGUGCUGUGUAGGAUUAUAUUUCAAGACUGGAGAAUGGUCAUCAUUGAAGUCACUUGAGCGGAUGCUGAGAUUGCGUCAUUUGCCCCCAUACAGCCCACAUUGUCUUCAGCUUCUUUCCAUGACAGCAGCACCAAACAGCAGUACUGGAAAGUCUGUCCAUUACUGCUCAGUUCAUUUAAAUGUAAAUGAAACAGUUAAUAUUUAAUAGGGAAGCAGUGCAUUGCAGGUACAUGUUUGCUGUGCUGUUUAUCUUUGUCUCCUAGCAGGUCAACAUAACUUGAAGAUUUGUCUUUAUGUGGAACUGUGGUCUGCUGUGACUAAAUUUAGACCUCAUUUGUGCUCUAUAUAUGACCUUUAAUUCAUAAAUGAAACCAGAAUUAAAAUGCUGAAAGGUCGUAGUGUUGAAAAAUUAUUAAGUGGAAUCACCCAACCGGUUACAAUGUGCUCUCUGUGCUGAUAUUGUGAUGUGCUGUUCAGAAAUAAACCAGUGCAGUUAGCUGAAGGUUAGGUGGUUUUUUUAAAACACAUCCACACCAGGGCUCAGAGGGGUUGGUUGAUGGUAGCAGAACAAUGAUUACCCUGCUGGUACCUUCUGCAGAAGCAUGUGGCCUGUCAGUUCUUCAAAACAGCAAAACAAAUGAGUGGAAAUGGACAAAGCAAUCUUAAAAAUUUUAUCUGUUUAAUUUUGAAAUGAUAUGCCAGUAAAAAGAGUAAAAAUUUUCACGUCAAAUGGAACAUGGUUUGUAAGAUGAUUUGCAUGACUGGAAUUUUUCUUUUUUAUUUUCACUCAAUAGACAUUGUAUGUACUUAGAGCCCAGUAUCUGAGAAAACCCACUGAUGUAUAUAAAUGUCCUAUUAUUUAAUCAUUAAAAUUUAAGUUUUCUGGUAAACAAAUUGAAAAAAAACAACUUUCUAAGGGACUCCAUAAAAGCUGAAGGUAAUGUUAAGAAUGGUAUAGAAAAGCAUUAAAAAAUGUGGAUUCCGAAUGGAAAAUCAUAUUGGACACGUGCUGAAUAAAAUCACCAGUAUCGUUUC